GCCCCGCCACCGCCUCCGCGGCAGCCCCGGUCGGCGCAAGUGCGGCGCGCGCCGGGGGAGGGGGCGCGGCGGAAGCGGCGGAGCGCGAGGCUGGCGUCUGGCCGCCGGCGGCCGGCCGCGCGGGAUUAAGUUUCUCGGUCACGCGUGAGUAUAAAGAAUGAGGAUUUGUGAUGAUAGGUUCAUUUUGUCCACUUGAAGAAAGACCAGUUGAUUUUCUGUGAGUCAAAGGAGAGAGGAUUCCAUUUGGAUUUAUAACCAUUAUUGAUACAAGCACAGAACUUUGGGAAAAAAAUGUUGGAAACCAUAGACAAAAAUCGAGCCCUGCAGGCAGCAGAGCGCCUGCAAGCUAAGCUGCGGGAACGUGGGGAUGUAGCAAACGAAGACAAGCUGAGCCUCCUGAAGUCAGUCCUGCAGAGCCCACUCUUCAGCCAGAUUCUGAACCUCCAGACUUCCAUGCAACAGCUCAAAGACCAGGUAAACAUUGCAACUUGUACAACUUCAGAUGUUGAAUAUGCUCACAUUCCUCAUCUUAGUCCAGCUGUAAUUCCUACUCUGCAAAGUGAAUCAUUUUUAUUAUCCCCAAGUAAUGGGAAUCUGGAAGCACUUACAGCAUCUGGUGCUCCACACAUUAAUGGAAAGCCAGCUUGUGAUGAAUUUGAUCAGCUGAUUAAAAAUAUGGCCCAGGGUCGCCAUGUAGAAGUUUUUGAGCUCCUCAAACCUCCGUGUGGAGGCCUUGGGUUUAGUGUUGUGGGACUAAGGAGUGAAAACAGGGGUGAGCUGGGAAUAUUUGUACAAGAAGUUCAGGAGGGCAGUGUGGCUCACAGAGAUGGAAGAUUGAAGGAGACAGAUCAGAUCCUUGCUAUCAAUGGGCAGGCACUUGACCAGACAAUUACUCAUCAGCAGGCUAUCAGCAUCCUCCAGAAAGCCAAAGAUACUGUCCAGCUGGUUAUUGCCAGAGGCUCCUUGCCUCCACUUAUCAGCCCCAUAGUUUCCCGUUCUCCAUCUGCAGCCAGUACAAUUUCAGCUCACUCUAAUCCGGUUCACUGGCAGCAUGUGGAAACUAUUGAACUGGUGAAUGACGGAUCUGGUCUGGGAUUUGGCAUCAUAGGAGGAAAAGCAACUGGUGUGAUAGUAAAAACCAUUUUGCCUGGAGGAGUAGCUGAUCAGCAUGGGCGAUUAUGCAGUGGAGACCACAUUCUAAAGAUUGGUGACACAGACCUGGCAGGAAUGAGCAGUGAGCAGGUAGCACAAGUCCUCAGGCAAUGUGGAAACAGAGUUAAGUUGAUGAUUGCAAGAGGUGCUGUGGAAGAAUCUGCUGCACCCUCCUCUUUGGGCAUUACCUUCUCCUCCUCCCCUUCUUCUACACCAGAGAUGCGGGUUGAUGCCUCUACUCAGAAAAGUGAAGAAAAUGAGACAUUUGAUGUAGAACUCACGAAAAAUGUCCAGGGAUUAGGAAUUACCAUUGCUGGUUACAUUGGAGAUAAAAAAUUAGAACCUUCAGGAAUCUUUGUAAAGAGCAUUACCAAAAGCAGUGCUGUUGAACAUGAUGGAAGAAUCCAAAUUGGAGAUCAAAUUAUAGCAGUAGAUGGCACAAACCUUCAGGGUUUUACCAAUCAACAAGCAGUAGAGGUGCUGCGACACACAGGGCAAACUGUGCGCCUGACACUAAUGAGGAGAGGGACAAAGCAGGAAGCUGAGCUCACGUCAAGGGACCACAACACAAAAGAUGCGGAUUUAUCUCUUGUUAAUGCCAACAUGAGCAAAGAAAAUUAUGAAAAAGAUGAAGAUUCUUCAUCUUUGAGGAGAAAUACCAGCAUAUUACCAAUUGAAGAAGAAGGGUCUGCAUUACUGUCAGCCGAGAUAGAAGAACAAGAAGAUGCACAGCAAGAAGAAGCUGCUCUGCUCACAAAGUGGCAGCGGAUUAUGGGAAUCAACUAUGAAAUAGUGGUGGCCCAUGUGAGCAAGUUUAGUGAGAACAGUGGGCUGGGGAUAAGUCUGGAAGCAACAGUGGGGCAUCAUUUCAUCCGAUCUGUUCUACCAGAGGGUCCUGUCGGACACAGUGGGAAGCUCUUCAGUGGAGAUGAGCUGUUGGAAGUGAAUGGCAUCACUUUGCUUGGAGAAAAUCACCAAGAUGUGGUCAAUAUUUUAAAAGAACUGCCUAUAGAAGUGACAAUGGUGUGCUGUCGCCGAACUGUGCCACCCACAACAGAAUCAGAACUGAGUAGCCUGGACUUAUGUGAUAUUGAGCUAACAGAAAAGCCUCAUGUAGAUCUAGGAGAGUUCAUCGGGUCCUCAGAAACAGAGGAGCCAGUGCUGCCGGUGACGGAUGUGGUUCAGAAUACUGAGGCGGUUCAAGCACCUUUGGCCAUGUGGGAGGCUGGCAUUCAGCACAUCGAGCUGGAAAAAGGGAGCAAAGGACUUGGUUUUAGCAUUUUAGAUUACCAGGAUCCAGUUGAUCCAACAAGCACUGUGAUUGUCAUUCGUUCUUUGGUACCUGGUGGAGUUGCUGAAAAGGAUGGUCGCCUUCUUCCUGGAGAUCGCCUCAUGUUUGUCAAUGAUGUGAACUUGGAAAGCAGCAGUCUUGAAGAAGCUGUAGAGGCGCUGAAGGGAGCACCCUCAGGAACUGUGAGAAUAGGAGUUGCUAAGCCUUUACCUCUUUCACCAGAAGAAGGUUAUGUCUCUGCGAAGGAGGAUUCCUUUCUCUACCCACCACACUCCUGUGAGGAUGAAGGGCUGACUGACAAAGCCCUCUUCAGGGCUGACUUGGCUCUGGUGGACACAAAUGAUGCUGACCUGGCGGAUGAGUCCACAUUUGAAUCUCAGUACUCUCCUGAUAAGGACAGUGUCUACUCUCCUCAAGCCUCUCUUUUAUCUCUUCAUGGCAGUGCUGGUAGUGAUGGUAUGAACUACGGUUCCUCCCUUCCAUCAUCGCCUCCCAAGGAAGUUACUGAGCAUUCUUCCGAUCCAGUUCUUGAUCUGCAUAUGUCCUUGGAGGAACUCUAUACCCAAAAUCUGCUGCAAAGAAAGGAUGAGAAUCCACCUUCAGUGGACUUGAGCAUGGGGCCUGCUUCUGGGUUUACCAUAAACGAUUAUACACCUGCGAAUGCUAUUGAACAGCAAUACAAAUGUGAAAACACAAUAGCAUGGACUGAGACUCACUUACCAAGUGAGGUUAUAGCCCGUACAGAACUUACCUCACCUGUGCUACUUGAUUCAACUGGAAAGGGCUCUGAGUACUUGACUGAACAGAACUCCCUGGUUUCUAAUUCUGAAUGUGUCAUGCUCCAAAACCUAUCCAAAGAAUCUUUUGUGAAAACUAUUACUGCAGCAAAAGGCAAUUCUAGCCUAGGGAUGACAGUAAGUGCUAAUAAAGAUGGAUUGGGGAUGAUAGUUCGGAGCAUUAUUCAUGGUGGUGCCAUUAGUCGAGAUGGCAGGAUUGCAGUUGGGGACUGUAUCUUGUCCAUUAAUGAAGAAUCUACCAUCAGCUUAACCAAUGCUCAGGCACGAGCCAUGCUGAGAAGACAUUCUCUCAUUGGGCCUGACAUAAAAUUUUCUGCAGCACCUGCUGACUAUCGAGCCCCCUUUUAUGUAAUUACGUAUGUGCCUGCAGAACAUCUGGAAGAGUUCAGAAUGAGCUUGGGACAACAAUCUGGAGGAAUAAUGUCCCUAGAUGCGUUGCCUUCAUACACUGUCAGAGACAUGCCAGAACUACCAGAGCGAGAAGAAGGAGAAGGAGAAGAAAGCGAACUUCAGAAUGCAGCGUACAGCAAUUGGAAUCAGCCCAAGCGAUCUAAAGAUAACCAUCAUGAUGGAAUCUGUCAUUCAAUAAUAUCUGUUGCACAGGUUGAACUUUGGAGAGAACCAAGCAAAUCCUUGGGCAUCAGCAUUGUUGGUGGACGAGGGAUGGGGAGUCGUCUAAGCAACGGUGAAGUGAUGAGGGGCAUUUUCAUCAAACAUGUUCUUGAAGAUAGUCCAGCUGGCAAAAAUGGAACCUUGAGACCUGGAGACAGAAUAGUAGAGGUGGAUGGAAUGGACCUCAGAGAUGCAAGCCAUGAACAAGCUGUGGAAGCCAUUCGGAAAGCAGGCAACCCUGUAGUCUUUAUGGUACAGAGCAUUAUUAACAGACCAAGGAAAGCCCCCUUGCCUUCUGUGCCGCACAACCUUUACCCUAAGUACAGCUUCAGCAGCACUAACCCAUUUGCUGACUCCCUCCAGUUCAACGCCUACAAGGAAUUACAGAGUUCAAGUAGAGUUUUCUUCCAUUGUUCCCCAACUAACCCCUUUGCUCCCACACCAUUUAAGGCACCCAGUCAGUCAGAGGCAGAGGAAGAGAAGGCUCCUCUGUGUGAUGUGCCCGCACCCACUCCUUCAGGAUUGGCAGAAAUGGGCAGUGAUCUCACACAGUCUGCAAGUAAAACCUCAGAAGAUGCGGAUAAAGAGGAUGAGUUUGGGUACAGCUGGAAAAAUAUCAGAGAGCGUUACGGAACACUAACAGGAGAGCUCCAUGUGAUUGAACUGGAGAAAGGUCGUAGCGGUUUGGGUCUCAGUCUUGCUGGAAACAAAGACCGAUCCAGAAUGAGUGUCUUUAUCGUGGGGAUUGAUCCAAACGGAGCAGCAGGGAAAGAUGGUAGAUUGCAGAUUGCCGAUGAGCUUCUAGAGAUCAAUGGUCAAAUUUUAUAUGGAAGAAGUCAUCAGAAUGCUUCAUCAAUCAUUAAAUGUGCCCCUUCUAAAGUAAAAAUAAUUUUUAUCAGGAAUAAAGAUGCAGUGAGUCAGAUGGCUGUAUGUCCUGGACAUACAGGAGAACCAUUGGCUUCUACCUCAGAGAGCCUUCAAAGUAAGGAGAUGGAGUCUGGUGUUACUAUGUCUGAGGUAGCUGUGGGCCUCAGUUCAUUUAAAAAUGUGCAACAUCUGGAGCUUCCCAAGGAUCAAGGAGGUUUGGGCAUUGCUAUCAGUGAAGAAGAUACAAUCAGUGGAGUCAUCAUAAAGAGUUUAACAGAGCAUGGAGUGGCAGCCAAGGAUGGACGACUCAAAGUUGGAGAUCAGAUCUUGGCUGUAGAUGAUGAAGUUGUUGUUGGCUGUCCAGUUGAAAAGUUUAUUAGCCUUCUGAAGACAGCAAAGACGACAGUAAAACUUACCAUUUGUGCCAAGAAUCCAGACUCGCCGGCUACUUCAGUAGCUGGUGCAGCCAACGGAGGAAAAAGGAGCAGCUCUCAGUCUCCAGUGGUGCCACAGUCGAGCUCUCCAGAACCAGAGCCCAUUCGAAGUACAAGCAGGUCAUCAACACCAGCGAUCUUUGCUUCUGAUCCUGCCACCUGCCCCAUUAUCCCUGGCUGUGAAACAACAAUUGAGAUUUCCAAAGGGCGAACAGGACUGGGCCUGAGCAUUGUGGGCGGGUCAGACACACUGCUGGGUGCCAUUAUCAUCCAUGAAGUAUAUGAAGAAGGAGCGGCAUGCAAAGAUGGAAGACUCUGGGCUGGAGACCAGAUAUUAGAGGUGAAUGGGAUUGACCUAAGAAAGGCCACACAUGAUGAAGCCAUCAAUGUCCUGCGACAGACGCCCCAAAGAGUGCGCCUGACACUCUACAGAGACGAGGCCCCCUACAAGGAGGAGGACGUGUGUGAUGCCCUCACCGUGGAGCUACAGAAGAAACCCGGCAAAGGCCUGGGACUAAGUAUUGUUGGGAAAAGGAAUGAUACUGGAGUGUUUGUGUCAGACAUUGUCAAAGGAGGAAUUGCAGACGCAGAUGGAAGACUGAUGCAGGGAGACCAGAUAUUAAUGGUGAAUGGAGAAGAUGUCCGUAAUGCCACCCAGGAAGCUGUAGCUGCCUUGCUGAAGUGUUCCUUAGGCACAGUCACCUUGGAAGUUGGAAGAAUCAAAGCUGGCCCAUUUCAUUCAGAGAGGAGACCUUCACAAAGCAGCCAGGUAAGUGAAGGCAGCUUGUCCUCUUUCACUUUGCCAAUUUCUGGAACAAGUACAUCUGAGUCACUGGAAAGCAGCUCAAAGAAGAAUGCAUUAGCAUCUGAAAUACAGGGAUUAAGAACAGUUGAAAUAAAAAAGGGACCUACUGACUCUCUGGGAAUCAGCAUUGCUGGGGGAGUGGGCAGCCCUCUGGGUGAUGUUCCUAUAUUUAUUGCCAUGAUGCACCCAAAUGGAGUAGCAGCUCAGACACAGAAACUCAGAGUUGGGGAUAGGAUUGUGACGAUCUGUGGCACAUCCACGGAGGGGAUGACUCACACCCAAGCAGUCAACUUACUGAAAAGUGCUUCUGGCUCCAUUGAAAUGCAGGUGGUUGCUGGAGGAGAUGUGAGUGUGGUCACAGGGCAUCAGCAGGAGCCUGCCAAUUCUGCUCUUCCUUUCACUGGGCUUACGUCUAGCAGCAUAUUUCAGGAUGAUUUAGGACCUCCCCAGUGUAAGUCUAUUACUCUGGACCGGGGACCAGAUGGCCUAGGCUUCAGUAUAGUAGGAGGCUAUGGCAGCCCUCAUGGAGACUUACCCAUUUACGUUAAAACUGUGUUUGCAAAGGGAGCAGCCUCCGAAGAUGGGCGUCUAAAAAGGGGUGAUCAGAUCAUUGCCGUCAACGGACAGAGUCUAGAAGGGGUAACCCACGAAGAAGCUGUUGCCAUUCUUAAGCGGACAAAAGGCACAGUCACUUUGAUGGUUCUCUCCUGAAUUGCCUGCCAGAAUUGAGCCAACCCAAGCACCCUUGUUCUCCCCUCAGAGUACAGACUGUGGAACUUGGCGUGUUGAUGACUUUUCCUAAUGUUAAUUUGAGUUUUGAGUAUUUUUCUCAUACGGAAAUGGUUUUCUUAUAACCUAGUAUCACCUUUUCUUUCCUCUUGCAUUUUGUGAACCUAGACCCAGAAGGAGUAUUUAUUUGCAUAGAUAAAUCCAGUUUUCCUUUUUUUUUUGGGGGGGGGAUAUAUAAGAUUUUAUCAUCACAUGGGCAAAAUUCUUAUGUGCUAAACUGGUUAGUAGAGAAAGAAAAGUAAGUGUAAAGGUAACCAAAGAUCUAUGUGUUUAGCAAAUUAGGUGAAAAAGAAAAUAUAAAAUAAAGAAGAAAAUCUUGGAGUUUCAUAAAUGUGUAUCAACUUUGCAACCCACCUCCUCUCCACAGUAAAAAAAAAAAAAAUUGUAUUGAAAAUCUUUUAAAAUAUUCCCAGCAUUUAAAAGUUUUGAAUAUUCAAAAUUGUACCUCCCCAAUUAUACAGUUUUCCUGCUAAAAUUGAAUUAUGAUUGAGUAAACAGCAAAUAUAUGAAGCAGUUCCCCUAAGCUUUAUAAAGAAAUUAUACAUAAUGCACAUUUUGAUAUUCAUUUUCAUUUUUUGACCUUUUAUAAAAUAUUUUCCUGUUGCUAUGAGUAAAACAAUGAUACUACCCCAUGUUGACUGUGGAUUUUCCAAAAGCAACCAUGCUGAUCAUGAAGAGACAUUAAAGAAUCUAAGAAUCUUUUACUGCUGGUUUAACAACUAAUGCAAUACUAAAACUGUGUUGAUCUGCUGUAUAAUUGGUUUUCAAUUAGUAUUAAUCUUAAUGACAGAGAAAAAAGCAAUGCAUUAGUAAUUAUUUUGGUUGUGUGCCAUUAGUAAAUUGAUAGAAAAAUUAAGGGGAUUAACAUAACUUCAUUUCAUUGCCUUAUAUUAACAUCUUAUAAUACAAUAGUUUAAGACUAAGGGAAACAGAUGGAACUGUUUAUUGCGACAACUGGUGAGGAAUUAUCAUGUGUUCACUCCCAUUUUAGAGCGUGAAACUCCUACAUUAGAAUAUAUAAAGUCACUUUAAAUAUUAUCUAUAUUUGUAACAGAAGUAGUGUACAGAUAUUUUAUUACAGCAUUUUUGUGUAAAUGAAGAAUUAAAGUGAAUAAAUAAGAAGUUUCAGUGGUGCACAAAUAAAGAAGCAGGCGUGU